CUGAAUGACAGUUCACCCCUUUGCUCGGGCUCUGUUAUAUUACAGUCGCCCAGGUUCAGCACAGCCGAUCCAGUUCGUCUGGCAGGACGAGCAACCGGUGAGACUACAGCAACGAGGACCAAACCGCCGAAACUUCAUUGAAAGAACACCAUGAAGCGGCUUUUCCUCGCCCUCAUCAGCUUUGUUGCCAUCAGUUAUGUUUCCACUGCCGUGAUUACUGGGACCUGUGACAGAGACCGACAAUGUGGAGGAGGCAUGUGCUGUGCUGUCACUCUGUGGCUUAGGAGUCUACGAAUAUGCACACCAAUGGGCAAUGAAGGGGACGAAUGCCAUCCUCUGAGUCACAAAGUACCAUAUAUUGGAAAACGAAUGCACCACACCUGCCCUUGUUUGCCAAAUCUCACUUGUGUGAGGUUUGAAGAUGGCUACUACAGAUGUUUACCACAGUUCAAAAUUGAAAAUGUCUUCUUUUAGCAAAUAUAAGCAUCAU